CAGAAGUGGGUCAGUGUGACUUUCUCUCCUCCAGCACAUGGCUCGUGAUGAGCGUGACGUCAGAAGUGAGUCAGACAAACACUGACGGAGUGAGAGGAUCUUCAGGGAUAAGCUUGACUUCACUCGGUUCUGCUACUAACAUCUGCACACUCCGCUCUUCACCGUGUAUUUGUGAAGGUGGAGGAGUCCAGCUUGCAUCUUCUGACAAGAAGAAGCAAAGCAAGCCCGGAAAGGCCAAGAAGGAGAGCAGAAAGAAGAAAGAGGAAGAAGAAUGGGGAUUCAAGGAGGAGGAGGAAGCUCGCCUGAUUGCAGAGAAAGAAGAGCAGGAGAGGCUGGAGAGAGAACAAAAGGAAGAGGAAGAACGACUGAGACUCGAAUUAAAGGACCGGGAGCGCAGAGAGGAUGAGCUGAAUGAACUGCGCCUCAUACUGGAGGAAAAGCAGAAAGACCUGAACAUGUGGGAAGCUGCAGCCAGGGAGAAGGCCGAAUGGGAUCGGUACAUGAUUUGUGAUGGCAGUCCAAACCCUGCUGUUCAACCCGAGAUCAACACCUUCAUCACUCUGUGGAAGGAGGACCCACAAGUGGACAUCCAGACCAUCCUACAACAAUGUACUUUGGCCUUGCGGCUAACAGAUGAACUGGAGCUUCUUUUGAGUGAGGAGACUGAACCUGGGAUUAUUCAGGUGCAUCAGGACACACUACAGUCUCUGCAGAGUCUCAUCCAUGCCAAACAACAGAUGGCCACUGAAGAGAUCCUCAAGUCAGCUACAACUUGUUCAGACAUCGAGACUGGGAACAUGCAGAUGAUAGUGCGAGAUGAUAACAUCACUCUAUGCUUGUGGGCUAAUAUAAAAAAAAAUCCCAGAUUUAAAGGCUACCAUUUCCAGGGGGCGGGGCUGAGUUUCGAGCUUCCUAAACCGUUAAUUCUGAGUGACAUUAGCGUGCGGAUCCUUCACACCCGCUACGAUCACCUGAGCCACCUGAGCCUCCGGACACAAGCUCAGAAUAAAAGUCCUUCUGCAGAAGAAGAAGCUGAAGCAGACGCUGAGACUCUCAGUGAGACCGCUAAAGCGCUGGAGGACGGAGGGAUGAAGGGAGAAGACGAGGGGAGAAAAAGUGUACAGCAAGGAAAGGACGAUCUCCGGUCACUUAAAUCGUCUGAAGGCAAGAAGAGUAGGGUUAGUGUGCGUUCAGCUAAAGAGGGGGAGAAAAGUUCUUCACUAAAGCUACAUGAGGAGCCAGAGGAUCAUUCAGAGAGCAUCGUUGAAGGAGUGACCUCCUCUGGAGAAGCAGAAGACGACACUGACGCCGAACCCACUGUAGUGCUGCCAGCGACCGAUAUCACCGAGCUGCACAUCGUGGAUCUACAUCGGUACACGGCCCUGGGCGGAGUCUACUACUUUGACGUUUUCCAUCUACCACCCCAGUCUCUCACUCUCAACGGCUGGGAGAUGACAGAGAUAUUGGAUACAGGCCUCCAGAACUUCCCGUAUCCUUCAGAACAGCCUCACAGCUCUGUGUCAGGACAGCUGGAGGACAGCGGGACUCAGUCUUACCCACCUGUAGGGGUCACUGUCAUUCUACCCGAGUCUGUGAUCUUCAUGCAGGAGCCACAGGUGGCACGAUGGGACCCAGUCGGUCAGCACUGGCGAACGGACUGCAUCACCGAGACGUCAUACAACAGCGAGGAGCGCAGUAUGUCCUUUAAGAUGGACACUUUCUAUGCCUUCACUCUGCUACAGGAGACACACGUUAACAUGCCGUUUCAGCAUUGGGAGCUUCGACCUCGGGGUCAGGACUCGGUCACGCUCACCAUCACCGCAGCACUCUGUGAAGUCAGGAUCACUGUCCAGGGGAAUCAGUGUAUGCUUCAAAUGGACCAGGCUCCUGGACUGAACCAUAUCCUGGGCAAAUGGAUGAGUCUCCCUGCUCUACAGACAGCCAUGAGACGCGCCGGAGUUAACGUAUUCGUCAAUGAGUAUUCGGAUAAGUACGUUACUGUCAGUGCCAAGGACCCGCUGAUAGAGCACGCAGCGUACGAGCAGAUGGCCUUGGUGGCUUCAGCUUUUGUUUUUUCUCGGAGUCAGUGGAACGCUCAAUGCGGACAGGAGCAUCUCGUCCUUCAGGCAUGUGAGCACCUGGAGGCGGAGCCUGUGCCAGAGGAGGCGUGGUCUCUGUACUUGCUCGCCGCUCAGAGGAGCCAGCGUUUGAAGACGACUGAAACAAGUGACGGAUUCUCACCAGAGCUGGCCGAGGAAACAGAGUUCCACUCCACUUUUCUGCACAUGCUCAGAGACAUCGUCAGCCCGGAGGGGCGGGGCAAAUUAAACAACACCCCUUACCUCUUUGUUGAUACGGUGCAGAAACUGCUACGUGCCACCCGCUUGUUCACAUACUCCUGAUCUCUCCCUCACACACACACACUUCACCAAACUGAUCACAAUGACAUCUUUUUACCAUCACACACACAC